AUGAAAGCGUGGACGCAUGAAGUGUACUCCGGCAAAAAGGCGCUUGACGAUGUGGACGUCCGGGGAAAAAGGAUAUUUCUGCGGGUUGACUACAACGUCCCCAUUGUGGACGGGGCAAUAAUAGAUAACGCAAAGAUUGCGAAGAGCAUUCCAACCAUUCACUUUCUUCUGCGAGAAGGCGCUGCCAGCAUAGUCAUUGGGUCCCAUCUGGGGAGGCCCGCGUGCGACGAAGACCCCGAGAGCAGCCCGCAGGACAGAAGCAUGCUUCCAGUGCUGCAAGAGCUCAACCAGUGCCUUGCGCGCGAGGGAGUGCCUGUGCAGUUUGUGUUUGAGCACAUGAAAAGAGCUAAAACGCACAACAAAUGGGUGCUUGUGCAGAACCUGCGGAGCUUGAAGGUAGAAAAAGACAGAUGCGACAAAAAAAGCAAGGCUCUUUUUGACUCUUUCAUCCGCGAGAACUGCGACCUGAUGGUGAACGACGCGUUUGCAGUUCUCCAUCGGGCCGACUAUUCCGUGGUGGACGUAAAUCUGGAGAAGGUCGCAGGAACGCUAAUAGACUCAGAAAUGCAGGGCAUAAGCCUGCUGCUGGGGAAGACAAAGCCCAUCCAGGACCACUCUCCGCUGAACAGCGUAAACAAAAGAGAAAUAGAGAAGUUCAUUCGGGUUGGAAAGGACACAAAAAACUUCCAAGCACAGGAAAACAAGCCAAUCGACCUGCUGAUUAUCGGCGGGUGCAAGCUAGAAGAUAAAAUACAGCUUGUCAAGAACCUUGCCAAGAUAGCAUCAAACAUCUUUCUGGGCGGGCUGCUCGCUGUGCCUCUUCUGCAGAGACCCAUCGCCCCGCAAACAGAAAGCCUUAUAGAGAGCAUCAUAUAUGAGGGCGUGUCGCUCUUCUACCCCGCAGACUAUGUUUUGGACGACCAAACCGUUAUAUGCGAAAAAAAGGCCUGCGAGAGCACGGGCCGGAUAAAGGACAUCGGCCCCGAAACGGAAGAAAAGCUAAAAGAGCUGAUUUCGCAGAGCAAGUGCAUUUUCUGGAAUGGGACGCUUGGACAGGCAGAGAUUAAAGAGUUUUCGCACGGCACAAACGCCGCUUUGGAGGCCAUCAGACGCAGGAAGCACGCGCUGGUCGAAAAAGGCGAGCGCACAAUGAUAUGUGCAGGCGGCGGAGACACCGGGGGAUACAUAAACGCAAACGGGCACGCAGACUCCUUCGACCUUGUAUUCACAGGGGGCGGCGCGACUUUGUCCGCCUUGCAGGGGGAUAUACUUCCUGGAGUGCAGGCGCUAAGCGACAGAAAGUAA